AUGGACGCCAGGAUAACGAACAAUAGACCCGAUAUCCAACUCUACGACAGGAGAAAUAAAAGGAUAUUUAUAGUCGAAGUCGGAAUCACGUGUCCAACUAAGGUUUCAGAUACGGAAUCUCAUAAACAAAGGAAAUACGAUGUCCUUGCAAAAGAAUUAUGCGGCAUCCAUAAUAUGCCAGCAUGCACCGUUCCAAUAGUAUACUCUUGGGAUGGAUUGGUCACAAAAUACCACGCAAAGCACCUAGAGAAAAUCGCGGUGCCCAUAAAAAUCAGAGCCUACAUGCAGACUAGAGUACUACGUACCACCUUAGAUUCGGUAACUCAUGAUCGAAGAAGAGGAGUUGAAGAAAGAGAACCAGAAGAAAAACUGGAAGAAUCUAAAAGGGGUAUAAAAUCCACAUAG